AUGGCGUCCACUGAAACUAUCAAAGAAUUCUUCAACGUCAAUGGCCAGAUAAUCGGCGCCGCCGUGCUUGCCGUGCUCGCUAUGGUAGUGGUGGCGCUCGGCACGUACGGCCGUCAUUGCAGCCACCCGGCGCUCCGCCUCUUCGUGUGGGGCGCCUCCACCGUCUUCCUCCUGCUCUCCACCUCCAUCAUCUCCAAUUUGCUCAAGGGGGUCCAGGUGGACAAGGCAAGUCCGACACGUCGGCGACCGCCCGUUAACAUGGCCUCGUCGUCGCCGUCGUCCGGCGACGUUAGCGUCGACGGGCAGAAGGUCCGGCCACCGCUGGAGUAUCUGCUGAAGUACAUAUGGCUGAUCUAUCUGAUUGUGGUGUGCUAUCCACUGGAGGACUGGGUGGGCACUACCAGGAGGAACAUCUUCGUCGCGUUCUGCAUGCUCGGCCUCGCCAAGUUGCUGCUCAACCUGUUCGCGUCAUGGCGGGCGAGCAGCUCGUUCGCCGUUGGCAAGAACGCCCGGCUUGUCUCCGGCUACAUGGAGCAGCUCGAGGAAGAGGGCGACGAGGUCGGCGGCCAUGACCAGGUGCCCCGUUACAUAGUGACGGGGGGGAAGGAGGAGCACGUCGCCACGGGCGCCCGCGGAUACCGCAUCAGGCGGGACGCCCUGGACGAUGAGUCCAGCAGCCUCGUGACGCUGGACCGCGUGUGGCGGAUGGCGGAGCACGGCGAUGUCAACGGCCUCCUCGCCAAGCGGCCCGAGCUCAGGGACCUCUGCCUCUCCUUCUCCCUGUUCAAGAGCCUUCGCCGGCAGCUGUCAGGCUAUCCCCUGGACGACGCGGGCUCUACCAAGGCCCUUGAGUUCGUGCUGCGAGGCAUGAACGCCGCCGGCUCUGCCUGUGCCGUCAACGCCGACCGAGUGUUCCAUGUUCUCGUCGACGAGCUCUCGUUUGCCAGCGACUUCUACUUCGCUGGGCUUCCGCUGUGCACUUACAGCGGGUGGUGCGCCGCCCUGAACUACAUCUUCUCCGUCCUAAUCGUUGUCGGAGCCACCGCCGUGGGAACAAUAUAUAAAGUGGAAAAGAUUUUGCCAUUCAAAGAAGGGAAGCCUAACUUUGUCGUCACGUUCGCCCUCCUGGUGGCGGUGGCGCUCGUCGAGGUAUGGGACAUCGUCGCCGGCGUGUGCUCCAAUUGGAGUAAGAUGGCCAUGCUCGGCCACUACAUCAGGCACGAGCCACAGUGGCGUCGGUGUCGCCGCGCCCACGCGGCGCUCGACGCCGUGCUGCGGUUCAGGCCCGCGAGGCGGUGGCGCAACAAGAUCGGGCAGAACUCGGUGCUGGAGCCCCGCCGCUUCUGCCGGCGGUCCGGCCUCCUCUCCGAGAAGCUCUACGGCCGCGCCGGGCUCAUGAGGUCGGUGGAAGUCUCGCCGGCGGUGAAGGACGCGGUUCUCAGGUCCUUGAUGAGCAGCUACGGCAGGUCGAGCAGAGGACGCGCGGCGGAGCGGCGAGUCGGCAGCAAGGUCGACUGGCUGUGGUACGGCUCCCGAAAGAGCUGGGCGUCCGACGACGGCGACGGCUGCGUCAGCACCACCGACAUCAUCCUCGCGUGGCACGUCGCCACGAGGCUCUACGAGAUGAGAUGCUCGCUGCACGCUUCGUCUCCGACGCCGUCGGCAUCAUCGUCGGACAUGGCCGCCGCGUGCCACCUCUCCAACUACUGCGCGCCGACGUCACCGCGGGCGCUGGGCAAGGACAGCGCCGCCGGUGAGACGACGACGGCGCAGCAGAGGUACGAGCGGCUCGUGGCGACGCUGAGCGCCGGCGCGCGCGACAAGGCGCUGCGUCGCGGCGCGGAGAUCGCGCGCCGCCUUGCGGAGGAGUACACGACCGCCGCCGAGGACGACGACGAGGCGUCGGCGUGGCUGUUCCUGGCGGAUUUCUGGUCGGAGAUGAUGCUCUACGUGGCGCCGUCGGAGAACGUCAAGGGGCACGUGGAGGCCAUGGCGCGCGGCGGCGAGUUCGUCACGCUGCUCUGGGCGCUGCUCCUGCACGCCGGCAUCACCGCUAGGCCUGAGGCGCCAAGCCGUAUUAUCCCGUAGGUUGUUACAGUGAAGUCUCCUGUCGGCUGUGGCCCCCGCGUUGUAGAAUCAAUUGCCGUAUUGGUAGUUUUUGCAUAGUAUAAGCUGGUAGUAGUUCGCUUGUUGUCGUUCUCGUUUAGUUAAGCUAAUUUGAUUGUUUAAUUUAGUAUCGAACUGUAGUCCGAUUUGCACCAGCACGCAUUAUCUUGUCCUCACACUAUAGUGUAUCGUCCUUUUCUUAAGAGGAAUAGCAAUUCCGUUUCUUUUAAGGAUUA